CCCAUAUAAUGCGAGCAGAAGUAAAGUCAUCUGAGUGAAAACAUGUGUGGCAUAUGUUGUGUAAUUACAGUGGGAACUGAUACCGGUGAUGUUCAGUGGAUUGAUGAUAAAAUUUGUGAGAGUCUGAGAAGAAGAGGACCAAAUCAUUCAGAAAUCGUCCAGAAAUCACUGGGUUCUCACAAUGGACUAUCUUGUUGUAUAAAUUUUUCUGGUCAUGUUCUACACUUGAGAGGAUCUUUAACACCGCAGCCAUUACAGGACCAAAGUGGAAACAUACUGCUAUGGAAUGGUGAGAUAUUUGGAGGAAUAAAUGUAUCUGAAGGUUCAAAUGAUGGUGAUGUUCUGUUGGCCAGUUUAAAAAAAUGUAAUGAAAAUGAAGAAUUAUUGUCUGUGAUGUGCACAGUACAAGGACCAUGGAGCUUCAUUUACUGGCAGGAAAACAAAAAGUAUCUGUGGUUUGGUCGUGAUUUUUUCGGCCGCCGGAGUCUUCUUUUGCAUUUACCGACUUGUCGAAAUGACAGCUUUGUGAUUACAUCUAUUGCUUGCAGACCCCUGACAAGGUCAUCUAAG